CCCAUGCAAUCUUUCAAACUGUUCAAGAGUAUUCUCUGAUAAACUCAAAACGACGAGCCGAGUAAGGCGGAAAAAAUCAUUUCUUCAAAACAAGACAAGGCAUUUUUAACUCUGCCGCGACCACAUAUCUAUCAAACUUGAAACAUGGAUAACCUAAGUAUUUUGCAGACUCUUCUAUUUUUGGUCAACUUUUUGACCCCAGUUGUUGGUCUGCAGACACAGAUUCAGCAGUCDGAAAUCAUCGGUUGCUACCCGGUAUCUGACGAGAUUCGCAGAUUCCAUUCGAGUGCUGGAGACUAUGACACAAAUGACGUCAGUCCAAUCCGCUGCGUCCAACUUUGUGGUGCUAGAUAUAAAUACGCCGCAUUGCAAGAUGGGAACAUUUGCCUUUGCGCAAACUCAAUACCAACAUCCGGGAAACUAAAUGACGCUGAUUGUAACACUCCAUGUCCCGGAUCUAGCAGUUGGCCCGACUCGGCGAAGUCUCUCCGAUGUGGUGGAAAGAACAAAAACAGUAUAUACUCGGCUGCUGCUCGUAUUCUCGGGUUGACUCUGCAACCAGUGGAGAGCUUAGGAAUUCUGAAGCCAGUAUACAUUUACGGAAAUCUCUCGAACGGAAUAAACGUGUAUUACACAUUCAACCUGGGCGACGGGACACAGGUAACCAAGCCAUCAAACCAGCCAACUGCCAGACACAUUUUCGAUCAGCCCGGAUCAUAUGUUGUGACGUUUAUUGCGUCAAAUACCAUGUCUGGAUCUGUGUCGACUUCGGAAGUCUAUAAAGUUGACGAUCCGAUUUCUGGAAUGGAGCUUGACUGCCCUCGGUCAGCUAAAGUUGGUCAGGUUGUCGAAUGCUUGGGAAGUUUAGCCCGUGGAUCUCGUGUAAACACUACAUUUGGAUUUACUUCUGGACAUUCCGAGCGACUGAGCAUCAGUGCGCAGUAUUACAGCACAGGAGCCAUCGUGCCUCGAACGAACGAUACAGUUAUCAGCGUUCCGCUCAAGUUGGUAGGAACCGUCAUUAUACCAGCUUUUGAAUUCCAACAGAGUGGGAAAGUAACACAUUGGGAUUUUGAAGCCGUGAAAACUGGCUUUCUUACGCUCAUGAUUUUUCGCCCUAUCUGUAACGCUAACCAAAAAUACUGUGCCUCAAGCAAGUCGUGCGUUGCUACCUCCGCAGCAUGCAUACCACUUCAACAGCGACAGUGCGCUGCAGAUGAGAUCUUCUGUAUCUUCCGCAAGCAGUGUUUACCCAACACGCAGGAAAGCAUGAAAACAUGUACCCCUUAUUCUCCAUAUAAAUUCACUGAACCUCCCGCAGAUUACGAACUGGUGUACAAAUUUCGAGUAGAGAUCAAAACGCUUGGUCAUCAUAUCGAAGACGUUCCUGCUGCGCAAGAACCGUACGUAAAGAAAGGAGACGUGCUUGGAAUAGGCCUUGAAAGCGGCGAAUUGGGGUAUAAGCAAGUUCCAGUCGAUCAAGGCGUCACUUUUCAUUAUUCUUCAUCAGUAUCUAAUGUUGGAGAUAAACUCUUACGUACUUCCAGUCCCUCAAAACUCCAAAAACAAUUUAUCUUUGCAGCUCAUUUCGCACAUGAGGCAAAGUUUGUUAUCCGCGAUASGUUUGCGUCGACCGGAAUCAAAUACGUUACGUCAAACAUCACGGAGACACGGUCUGUUACGAUCGAUUACCCGAUUACAAACGUAACGUUUGUUUACCGCAAAAUUGCAAACACAAACGACUCGAUUGUGUUUACAGUACAACAACAUCCAGGCUCCAAUACAACGUAUUUUUGGAAUUUCGGUAACGGAGAUACGUUACGUACGCAGCUACUUCAGAUUACGUACGCGUAUCCUGCUGCGGGUGGAUUUGCUGUCAAACUAACUGCUGAAAACUCCGUGAACAGCGCUACUGUCACAAGUGUGAUUUAUAUUUAUGAUCCCAUCUUGAAUUUCAAGUUCAGUGAGUGUCCAGUGAAAGCCAAAGCACUCGGAGAAGCGACCACCAUUAAAUGGGAGAGCGAAAGAGGAACCAAUAUGACGUACRUAGUGGACUUCGGUGACGCAAGCGAGAGGUAUACAGUCGUAACAACAGGCGCAGAUAGCCGUAAAGGGCAAACCACACAUCAGUACAGUGCAUUAGGUAACUAUACCGUUACCAUAUAUGGCUAUAACCUGGUGGGACCUAACAUAUCCAUAGAAUGCCAUGCUAUAGUGGAGACACCUCUGGUCGGACUUGUGUUUUCAGUCCCUGUAGCUCACGUAACUUCUAAUAUUUACCUGGCGGUGGGUGACUAUAUGAGAGUUGAUCGACAUUUCAAGGAAGGAACCAAUAUCAGGUGUUCGUACGACUUCAAAGACGGAACAUCAAGGUUGAUCACACAUGAAGUAACUGCCUCGCAUAAGUACACCUCCCCKGGUCAAURUAAAGUUGAUGUCAUGUGUUAUAACGACAUCAGCUCAAUAACUGCGACUCUAAACGCAACGGUGAUUGUUGAACAAUUAACUGCUUUAAGUGGAUUAUCUCUAACUGGUCCACCGACAAGAAUCACUACAKCAUCUUCUAUCACACUACAAAUUCAGCAAGGCACAACAUAUUUUUGUGAGUGGGAAUUUGGAGACGGUACAUCUUUAAAGACAGAUGCGUCACAUACUGGCAAAGCAAUGAUCCAUACAUACAGUGCGAUAGAUACGUUCGAUGUUGUUGUCACGUGUACUAAUCGUCUCGGUCCCAUGACUGUAAAGACCAAGAUUCCUGUGGACACGUCUGUAAAAACAGUAACAAUCUCAAGUAGUAAGCGUUAUGUGCGUGUUAAAGAAAAAGUAUAUUUUGACGUGACAGUGAAAGAGGGUUCACGUUUGCUAUAUGAAAUAAGUUUCGGUGACGGUAAAGUAUUCGCAGUUCAGCGUAACGCUUCUGGCUUAGCUGUUGCUGGUAAGGAAAGGUUCAGUCAUGAAUACGACGAUGAUGGUAGCUUUACUGUAGUUGCCACCGUAUCAAACUCACUCGGUAAAGUCGUAGAAACUCUUGCGGGAACAAUCRWUGUGCAGUAUCCAGUUGAGAAUGCUAUUUUUGAAAGUGACAGUCCUAUUAGCCUUUCAAAAGGAGUUAUUUCUUUAUACAUAUCAUUCCCGCCAAGUGUCACUCCACCAACAGACGCUCUUUGUGUUUGGAAUUUCAAUGAUGGUACUGCAGUCUCCUCCCCUGAGCCAAUGAAACUGAAACCGGAGCGCCGAACACAUAAGUAUACCAGAGCGGAAACGUUUGUUGUUAGCGUUAACGUAAGUAAUCACGUGAGUUUUAAAGUGCUGCAGAUAAGUGUUCGCGUCCAGAAAAUUAAGGAUGUGAUAAUACUUCCCUUGCGCAUGAUCAACGAGAAGACUGCCCCAGGCUUCGGACCAGAAGAAAACUUCUUUGGCGUUGACCAGCGUAUCAUCUUCAACGCAACGUCACAGGAUAAUGAUAUCGACUACCGUUUUAAAUUUGGUGACCAGACUCAAAGCAACAAGUCAGUGGUUCCAUGGACUAGUCAUGUGUACAAGAAGGAAGGUGAAUACACCGUCAGUGCCUUCGUAACAAAUGUACUUGGCGAGCUGAAGUCAACUAAAGUUAUCGCUAUUCAGAAAGCCGUUGGGAAAGUCAGUGUCAUAGCUAGCAAUCCGUCCUACUUCACCGACCCAACCAAGUUCUACGUCUCUAUUCCCUCACGCGGCUCGGAUUCCUGUUUGCUGUUGGCUUUAGGUGAUAAUAGAGGCGUGUACUUUGGGUCGGAAACAUGUAGGCCAAAAGUGUUUCGCUCUAACGAGACAUUCAUUAGAAUAUCUCCUGAUAUGUUGGGCAUUAACUACACUCACACAUACGCGAACAUGGGCAACUAUACCGUGGUAGCAACUGCCUGGAAUUAUGUUUCCAUGACCAAGGAUUCUACCAUUGUUGCGAUUAAUAGCUAUCCUUGCUUACGACCUAACGCUAGAAUCGACAAUGAUGGAACCAAAACCAUGCCAAAAAAGAUCCAGAAAUCAGAUGCGUUGGUGCUGAACAUAAAGCUCGACUAUAAUUGCCCUGUAGCUCGUAGCAUCAUCUUCACUUGGAAAGCUUAUGAGGUGACCUUGGCAAAUCCUGAUGACACCAGUAGACCAGUUAAACUUCCAUCAGAAGAAGUGCGGACAUUUCCACUUCCACUUCCGGCAAACGUAGACCUUUUGGAAGCUGGUGCAAUGACAGUGCAAGAGCGAUACUUUCCAUUUAUGACUCUCAAGUUCUCACUUACGGUUUCCUUCGUUGGAAGGGAUCGCGAUUUGACACACUUUUCCGCUUCUCAUAGCGUAUGGCUUGAAGUCGAGCGUUCUGAAUUGAUUGUGUUAAUCAAGGGUGGACAGCGUAGAUCCGUUGGAUACGAGCUUCAAAUGAAUCUUGACGGUCGUGAAUCUAAAGAUCCAGAUGACCCUAAUAAUAAAACUGGUAUAACGUAUGAAUGGAAAUGUCGCAGGAAUGAUGAGACCUUUCCAAGUGAAUUCGAUCCACCAAACCCGAAGGGGGGAUGCUGGAGAAAUGGCAUAUUCUUAAUAAACAGUACUGAAUCGAAAUUGUCUCUCUACACUGGGGAUUUUUACCAAAAUGAGGUCUAUGUCUUUCAAUUGACUAUUAGAAGAGACACCAGAGAGUCGUCAUUUGAGCAGAAAGUCACAAUUCUUCCAGGACAGCCUCCAACUAUGAGCUUGAGUUGUAGCUUCAAUUGUCUCAAAAAGAUGAAUCCCUCGGAACGCUUAGUGGUGGCGACGAUCUGCGUUGACUGUAAACCAACUGAUCAAUUGGGCUACGAAUGGUCAGUCUUCCGUCUCGAGCUUGGCAAAGACAAGAACGAUAUGGCGUCCUGGUUGAAACUGCCAGAAUUUGCAAAGAACACCACUACAGGAAUAGACAAAGGAAAUAUAGUCAUAAAUCCGAAUUAUUUUAUUCCAGGGAGAGAAUACUUCCUAAAGCUCAAUGCUUGGAAGCCUGGUGGGUACCCAGGCGGGUUUGUUGAGUAUCAAUUCAUAGUUAAUGUUGGACCUACAGGAGGAACGUGUGAUUUUGAUCCUCUGGAUGGCUACGCUUUAAAUACAGAGUUCAAUUUCAAAUGCAAUAAAUGGAAGGACCCAGAUACUCCUUUGCUAUAUACGAUAGAACUGGUUAAUGGUGACGAGAUUAUCAAUGUAUAUACGGGGUACGAACCAGGUGCUGGGGUAGUCUUCCCACUCGGUAAAGAAGAGAACAAUUUCACUAUGGAGCUUCGAAUCAAAGUUAUGGACAAAUACUUCCUUGCAACCUCUAAGAAGUACACUAUUAGGGUUACCGAGCCAGAUAAGGUUGAUUACGACAAGGUUGGAAGCAGCGUAUCAGAUGCGGUCAGCGGUGGGAAUCCACAAGAAGCAACACAAAAAACUAAUGCUGUUAGUUCUGUGUUGAACUCACAGGCGGAUAAAGCAGAUCCAAACGAUGUCAACGCUAAAGAGAAGAGAGCCAAGUUCCGUGGAAAUGUAGCCAAGUCAAUGACCGGUCUUCCUGCAGACUCUUUUGAUAGCGUUGCUCAAAAAGGAGAAGCGUUAAAUGCAUUAACUCAGGCAACAGAUGAAGUAGAAGACGAUGCACAGGAAGCAUCUAUCAAGGCUAUGGAUGAUAUGGGGGGCUACCUUUCUGGUGCGGACACUUCUAGAAACCUUGAUACAACGGCAAAGAGUCUGUUUUCAGGCAUCGGGAAUCUUGUUGGUGCUUCUAGUCAAUCAGCAAAAAAGGCUGCCAACACUACUGGAGCAGAUGCGAGUGCAAAUACCAACAACACUAAGAAAGCCCUCGGUGUUGUAGACAAAGUCAGCGGUGCACUUAUGAAGCAGUUAGUUGCUGGUGACAAGCCAAAGGCCAUCAAAACUGGAAACAUGGACCUGGCCAUCGGACGCAAGAAUCUGGACGAUCUUGGAAAAGAUGAUGAUGAAGAGAGCGAAGAAGAAGGAGAUACUGGUGGUUUUCGGCUGCCAAACCCAGCUGCACUGUUUGGCGGUGCCAAUGCUUCCACUGAAGAAGGUGCCACUAGUGGUAUUGGUACAACGAUGACGGCCAUGGGUGAAAAYCCUUUCCCCGCAGACGAAAAAGCAAAAGAUCUCAAUUCUAAAACAGUAGGACUCGCACUGACCGACGGGAAUGGCAAGCCUCUAGACCUCGCGGGACAGACCCUCGAGAUGUUUGUCCCUCGGGAUCUCAAAAAGAACCCACUCAAGCCUAUGGAACUGAAUCAGUACGCAGCCGAUGAUCCACCGAUGCGAGUUCACAAAUUCAACCGCACAGAUAACACAACUGCUAUUGCUAUCGAAAUCCAACCAUUUGACCCCAAAAUCAAGUUUCGUUUUGUGCUUCGAUUUGCGAAGCGGCCGACGGCUCAGCAUUUCGACUUUAACUAUACAUUUCCAAGCCUUGAAGAAGCAAAGAAAAUGAGAAAGCGACCUCACCCCUUCACUUAUGUUAUAAAUCACGUGCGCUUGAGAGAUAAAUUAAUGUACGAUGACAAUGGGACUGAAGUAGGAAAUGGGACAACUGGAUCGUACUUUUUGGGAAUGAAGGCUAUCAAUAAAGAUGAGUUAUCGAAUCCCAAUACUGACUACUCCAUGAGGAUAUAUCUGCCUGCUUGUAAGUCAUUCGACGAAGAUACUAACCAAUGGGUUACCAAUGGAUGCGUUGUUGGCAACAAGACUCGUGCCAACAUCACCCACUGUGUAUGUAUGCCAGGGUUGGAUGACGAAGGAGAGGACAUCGAUCCUACAGCCAUUCCACCUUCGGAACUUCCAACACCAACACCUGCCGGKUCAAGCCAAGGAUCGUCUGGAACUCCAGUCAGAAAAAGAAGAUUUGUACGCAAAAAGGUUUCCAAGCUAUCUCUUGCAAGUAGCUUCUUCCCAGCGCCCAAUCCUAUCGACUUUAACAAAGUAUUCAAUGUUAAUAUUCUUGAGAAUCCCAUUGCCCUUGCUGCAGUCCUCAGCAUUUUCCUUGUGUAUGUUGUCCUUGCGAUCUAUGCACGACGAGAGGACAAGAAAGACGUUGAAAGGGCUGGUGUGACUCCAUUGGAAGACAAUGAACCAAGUGAUGCCUACCGUUACGAGAUCACAGUGUAUACUGGGUACGGUAAGAAAGCCGGCACUACAUCGCAAGUUUCGUUUAUUUUGGCCGGGGACGAGGGAGAGUCAGAACCAAGGCUUCUGAAAGACGGUAAACGUAAGACAUUUCAGCGCCGAGGCGUUGACAUCUUCUUGGCAACUUUUCCAGAAAGUCUUGGCGAGAUUAACUAUCUUCAUAUCUGGCACGAUAAUUCGGGUAAGUCACCUUCCUGGUAUCUCAGUCGAGUAAUUGUGGAAGACCUCAGCAACGACAAGAAAUACCUGUUUAUAACCGAGUCAUGGCUUGCCGUAGAGAAAGGCGAUGGGACAGUCGAUCGUCUCAUCCCAGUGGCUGGAAAAGACGAAAUCACCAGCUUUAAUCAUUUGUUUUAUUCCACAACCCAAACCAAACUCGCUGAUGGACAUUUGUGGUUCUCAAUCUUCAUGCGUCCAGCAAAGAGCAGGUUUACUCGCUUACAACGCUUGUCAUGUUGUUUGACACUCUUAUACUGUUCAAUGUUGGCUAAUGCUAUGUUUUAUAACAUUGGAGGAGAGUCGGAUCCGUCAAGCACCCUUCAUAUAGGGCCUCUCUCUUUCAGUCCUGCGCAGGUUGGUAUUGGUAUCAUGAGUAGCUUGGUCGUAGUGCCAGCAAACAUGUUUAUUGUAACGGUGUUCAGAGGAACCGAAGCGAAGCCAACCAAACAAGAAAUGAAGGAGAAAAAGCAGCGAAAACAUUGGUGGCUCUACGAACUUUGUUUUUGCUUUUUCGAUCGUAGCAAGCCUAAAAACGACUUUAUCACAAUGCUUCAUAAGAAUCACAACCCUGAUGACCAAUUUUUGGACCUUAGUACGAACAGUCGUACCAAUCUACAUGAACCACAAGCUCAAAGUAUGUCUGACUUGAGCGCGUCAAGCCGCGCCAAUUUUGCGGAGCUCGAAGAGCCGGUUGAUUUUGGCCUCGGGGAAGACGACAUCAACUUCAAAAUCUCCAAACAGGAGAAACGAGAAGAGAUGGCCAAGAGAAUGAAGAAGAAAAAGAAGAAGAAGAAGAAGCCUCUUCCUUACUGGUUCUUAUAUGUGGGGUGGGCAGUCUGUGGCAUGACAUGCUUUAUUUGCGCCUUCUUCAUCGUUCUUUACGGGCUGCAGUUUGGCAAAGAGAAAUCUGCGCAGUGGUUGUCGUCCAUGUUGGUAUCCUUCUUUCAAGAUGUUCUUAUCAGCCAACCUAUUAAAGUUGUUGCUAUCGCUCUCGUAUUUGCCGCAAUAAUCAAAAAGCCACCUGAGGAAGAUGACGACGAUGAUGCCAAAAAACUUGAAGAUGAAGAGUUUCUUCAUGAAAGCGGAGGCAGUUCAGAAACAGGAAUCAAAAGAGAUGGACGAAUGAAGAAAAAAGGCAUGAUUCGCUUGCAACCUCCAAACAAAGAUAAACUCAAGAAAGAUAGGGAACAGAGAUUCCGCGAGAUGAAGAUGAAUGCCAUGAUCAAAGAGGUCCUUUUGUACGUUUUCUUUGUGACCUGUCUCUGUAUCGUCAGUUACUCACACAGGGAUCCCACUUCCUAUCAGUUCCAAAAAUCCAUGUACGACACCUUUGUUGAUGGAAACUAUGGCGGCAUUCGUAGCUUUUCAUCGAUCAGUACCCGGGAAAACUACUACGAAUGGGCGAAGAGUACAUUAAUGGACGCACUUUUCAACGAAGAAUGGUAUAAUGGCGACUCAGUUGAGCCUGGUUUCAGUGCAGAUAAAAUGGCUUUUGUCAUAGGAGGGGCAAGGAUAAGACAACUACGAGUAGAAAAAGAUACUUGUAAAGUUCCUCCUGAGUUUCACCACUUGAUUGACAAUUGCUCAACYUGGUACGGGUAUUUUGCUGAAGACACUGGUCAGUACGAUAUUGCAUGGGAUCCACUCAGGAACGAAUCUUUAUACAACCCACCAUUUUCGUUCAAAUCCUGGGAGUUCUAUACCUCUGGAGAACUGGACACUAUGCCAUUCAUAGCGAAAGUUUCCUCUUACGGUGGCGGUGGUUAUGCAGCAGAAUUAAGUGAGUCGAGAAAGAACGCAACCAAAAUCCUACAAGCGCUGGAAAACAAUACUUGGAUAGAUGCUCAAACUCGAGCCGUUUUCACUGAAUUGGCAACCUACAACGCUGUGUCGAACCUUUUCUGUGUGAUGACCCUGGUGGUGGAAUUCCUACCUACUAAUGGCGUGUUCUUGUACACGGAUUUGAAAAUAUCACGCCUGUUCUCAACCAGUGGUGGCAUGGAAACUCUUGUAGUGGUGUGUGAGUUUUUUAUUUUAAUUUUCUUCUCUGUGUUCAUCUACCAAGAACUCAAGCAACUGUAUCAAAUGAAGAAGGGAUACUUUAAAGAGUUCUGGAAUUGUGUUGAGUUCGUUAUGGUCAUCCUGGUGUUCACAUGCGUCAUCAUGUUUCUAAUGAGAAUCAACCUGGUAGAGUCAGCGAUCACCAAGCUCGAGAACAAUCCAGGAAAAUAUGUCAGCUUUGUACGAGUUUCCUCUUGGAGCGAAGCGUUCAUGAUCAUGGUCGCCCUUCUUGUAUUCAUUACCUGGUUAAAAGGAAUGAAGCUUCUUCGAUUUAAUGCAAGAAUUCAAGUCUUAUCGCAAACGCUUAAAGGGGCGGCUGGACCACUUGCGACAUUCUCCGUGGUAUUCAUUGUGUUCUUCCUGGCUUACGCACUUUUUGCGUUUGCAGUAUUUGGCACAGACUUGGAAUCGUACUCUAACUUUGUGACGACCUGCGAAUCGGUCAUGGGACUUUUAUUAGGUUCGUUUGACUAUGGAGAGAUUGAAACAGCACAGCCCAUUAUUGGACCAAUCUUUUUCUUUACCUUUAUGGUAUUUGGAAACAUGAUCAUCAUGAAUAUGUUCCUUACCAUAAUUAUGGACGUUUUUGCGGAGGUCAAAGACGAGGUUGGUGACGAUCCCGAAGAGUUUGUCAUUGUAGAGCAUAUGAUCAAGCGAUUCCGUAGAAUUACUGGCCUCAAACCAAGCAAAGUUCAAGUUGAAGACCCCGAAGAGAAGAAGGAAAUGGAAGACAAGUUUAAAGAAGACAUGAGUGCACUCAAGAUGAAGAAACGCAACAAGCGACUUCUUAAGUCGAAACCGCCGGUUGACUUUGCCAUUGCAAAGCGAUUUGCACGACUGGAUGACUCCCUUCGGGGCUUCUAUUGUGAGGAUUUCGCUGAGGAGAGAAUGUUGGAUGAUAUAGUCGAGAAGAAGUGGGGCAUUACAACUGAGCACUCUUUUGCCGAUGCUGCUACUGAGCUUAAAAUGGAAGAAGAAAGAGAGACCAUCCGUCAUGAUAUGUACGCGGCGCUGGAUAACUUCGAAACCAGCUUCGAUGAAGGCGCCUUUAAUCUUGCCUUUGAAGAAGACGAUGAAACAUCGCUAAUGGGCAAACACAAAUAAACAUUAAUAAUUAAUCGCUGUUGUAGUUUUAGAUAACAUUUGUUGAGGUAAUCAAGAUGGUACCCGUUUCAAUUUGUUUACCAGAAAAUAAAUUCCUGGACUGUACUUUCAAGGCUCUAUGGCCUAUUUCUUUCUUUUCAUAGUGCAUGGCUUUGAGUUCAGUUUAGCAAAUUUAUUUAAUUUCAAUGUAACUCAAUACACGUUAAAAGUUUCGUUUUUUCAUACAAUAUCUAAAGUAAAAACUCGACAAAGGACAGAUGUUCAGCGCAAUCAUUUAAUUCAAUGCCUUUAAGUUUCACUCAAGGGUGAAGCUUCGUCUUUAUUCAUUCAUAACGUUCAUUCUAGCAUUUUCCACGUUUUGGGAAGUGAAUUCAAAAUAGAAAAAUUGCAUUGGUACCUUCAUCAAUCGUUGACUGGGAGUUGCAUGGUCUAUAGUAGGCAUUGCAUGUCAAAACUGCAUGUAUCGUGAAAAUAUUAAGGUAUAUUGUUAGCUAUCAACUAUGUUCAUUAAAUCCACAACCCAA